AUGUUUUCCUCACCCCUGAUCUCAUUUCUCUGCGGUUUUAUUCUCACAACUCUCGAAUCGGCAACGAUCGACAAGCCGGUGUCGGUCAAGGAUUCCGAUGCUACGCUUCAGAAACUAAUCUACGGCGUCGGGCUUCAUGGAGUUAACGACAAGAUUCGUGAUACGGCCUGGUGGAUUCCAGUCGGUGGAGGCUACCAAGCGACUCGUCUCGUGACGGCCACUGGAGGUGAUCAUCACUAUACCUGGCAAUUUAAGAUCACCGCGCAAAAGUCCACAUGCCCUCGGGCGUCCGUAACGUUCAGCAAGGUGAAGAAUUGCAAAGCCGAUCCGGCCGCAAGCCGGAAAAAGUCCUGCUCCGUCUACAUCAGCUACAGCGAGAAGCGGCCGGACGAUAUUGAUUCUGAGGUUUAUUGCCAA